GAAAGUGAUCCGUGGAUCAGAUCUGCAGACAUAUAAUGCAAAGAAAACAGUCGUCCGCCUCUUCUCUCACCGAAAGACAAUCGCUUUUGGAUCAGAUAUCGUGCGAAUGGAGUGACCACAAGAAUCUCGACCACUAUAUCGUUGUUAUCAAUGGUUUGACGCAAAAUAUAACAAUCAAAUGGCUGUUGGAUUUGCUGCAGAAGUCUUCGCCCGAAACCGGCGCCCAUUUCCUACUUAACCGAAUUGAAGACAAUAAUGAGUCCGAUAUAACACUACAUGUGAGCGCUUCCAACGCCUCUUUCAAUAUCAGCGCCGAUGCCAUCGAUUUAAAGCAAUUCAAAUCAGACCAGUCUUUAUGUCGAGUGUUUCGGAUCUCCGAUCACGACAUCGACUCCGAAGACUGUUUGACAGUAUCUGAAAGACAACGCGUUUUGCUCUUCCAAUUGGAAAGUCUUCACUCCAUUGAAAGAGGAGUGUUGUUUGGAUACCCGAAUGUAAAGCUAUAUCCGGGACAGUCUAUCCUGCAAGUCUGUCAGCGCGAGAACAUUAUCACCGAAUACUUCCCACUCCACGAGUCGUCAACUUUGGACGAACUCAAGAAGAAGUGGUGCUUUUCGUGGAAGAAACAGCCAAUUCACGAUAUUCGUAACUAUUUUGGAGAGAAGAUUGCAUUUUAUUUUGCAUUUUUAGAGUUCUAUACCUAUAGUCUAUUAAUUCCGGGAUUGUUUGGAUUCUUUCACUUCCUAUUUCUCGACGAAAUGAAUAUAUUUUGCGCUCUUUUUUAUAUGCUUUGGAUUCCCGUAUUUCUCGGACAGUGGAAGAGAAAGUCCAAUGACUUGGCCUUCAGAUGGGGAACCAUUGGUGACGUGCAACUGGAGGGCCCGCGACCAACAUUUCGCGGCAAAACCAUGAAAACUGAUCCCAUAACCAAACAAUUGACUCCAAUUUAUCCCAUAUAUAAGACGUGGUUAAGAGAGUACUGCGUUUCGCUGCCUAUAGUUUUCUUCAGUCUCGGCGUCUCUUUUCAUGUGAUGUGUCUAUACUUUAAACUAGAAGAAGAUGUACUCAAUUCCUUAGACCCAAAUCCCACUGGCAUUCAAAAAGUGAUAAGUUUUAUGCCCGGAAUUAUAUACGCUCUCAUUGUUAUGAUUAUGAAUAACAUAUACCGACAAAUCGCUACUAAACUCAACGAAUGGGAAAACCAUAGAACACAGACAUCCCAUGAGAAUCAUUGGAUUGUGAAAUUAGUUUUGCAAUUGGGAACAAUGCUUGUCGUCAACCAAUUGGUGGAUAAUAUUCAAGAACAAUUGGGAACAAUGCUUGUCGUCAACCAAUUGGUGGAUAAUAUUCAAGAAGUAUUCAUUCCUCUCUUUAAGACUUAUAGACUUCAUAAGGACUUUGAGUUAAAUCACAAAAAGUCUGAUGUGUUGCCGACAAUCGCCAGAAUUAAUUAUGAGAAACAAUUGCCUGCAUAUGAGGGCACAUAUUAUGAUUAUUUAGAGCUUUAUAUCCAAUUCGGUUAUGUGUUUCUGUUUCUGUCGAUCUUUCCAUUGGCGCCAAUCAUUGCGUUUUGCAAUAAUAUGAUUGAAAUCCGUUCCGAUUCACUGAAAUUAUGCUUCGGAUACAAGAGAUCUCACCAAAGAUCGGCCAAAAGUAUUAGUGGUUCGUGGAUGAAAGCAUUUGAAGUGAUGAGUAUAAUAGCUGUCAUAACAAACUGUGCGCUUCUAUGUAUGUCUCCCACUGUCCUCUCGAUCGCCAAUACUUUGCAAAUCAAUAAUUUCCAUCUUAUGGUCGCCUCAGAGCAUUUCAUAUUAGGUGUGAUUCUCAUUAUAUCAUACGUAGUGCCAGAUAUGCCCAAAGCUGUGAGUGUGGCUCUUAUGCAACAAAACUUCGAGAAUCGCAAANUCUCUCUCUCUCUCUCCCCAACAGUUCCGUCGGCGCCGCCGCCCGUCUCCGGCCAUCCCUAUCGGGACAUCACGUGUCUGUCUGUCUGCCUGUCCGGCUGUCUGUCCGACUGUCUGUCUGUCUGUCUGUCUGUCCGCCCGUCGCCGCCGUCGCCCCAAAAGACACUGAAAGACAAAGAAGAAAUCAAUUCAGCGGCAAAUGCUGUUAACGAUGCGAAGAAACGAUUGAUUUGGUUGACAACACAAACAAAAUGCAAAACCAAACACAAGUCUACUUUGGUAUCGACCGCUUCCACAUCGACCGCAAGCGCCACCAAAGCCAGCGGUCUCGGACCCAGUGCACCGGUUGGCCGGUCAGUCAAACCACGUUAUAUAUCAAUCGACGCCGAGUUUGUGACACUCAAAGUUCCGACGCGAAUCAAAUCGGAGCGAAACAUUGCCGCUACUGUUUGUAUUGUAGACCAAGACAAUACAGUAUUAAUGAACGUCAAGAUCAAACACGAUCCCGGUUCAUUUACAAGUCAUGAGCCGUGUUUUUUCGGACAGCACGACUUUGUUGACGGCGAAUCGCUUGACGACGUCAAACAGAAAAUUCUUGAUAUUUUCGACAAUUUCGACACUAUUAUCACGUGUAACUGGUUAUCGGAUAUGGAAGCACUGCGGCUUCUCGACUAUCAAGAUCUAUAUUUUGACAAAAUAUGGGAUCUUCACAAUGUGUUCCGAUCACAUAGUACUGAGUACUAUAGACAGGAAGAUCCGUCGGUAUCGCAGUCAAUAAGUUUGGCCCGCAUUCACUACAAACUAUUUGCCGAAGAGAUUCAAAAGGAUAAACAUUCUGCCAAAGAAGACGCUGUCGCAGCCCUCGCCAUCUAUAAAGAAAUCGAUUCGAAACGAUAUCAAUUCUUGUUUGUUGAGAAAAUGACCGCUCCGUCGCCGCGUUUGAAGCGGGAAUAG